AUGGGUAUUACUCCAGCACAGAAAAGGUAUGACGAUAUGUGUCGGGCAUUUGUAGAGGUGGCAGACCUAGCAGCAGAUGAUGAGGAAAAAUAUACAUCAAGCCAGGAUUGGAUAGAAAAUAAAAAGAAUGAACUUAUUUUGACGAAGUAUGAUUCUAGUGAUAAUAAUAGUUCACAGUAUACUUCACGUCAGAAGAUGGAAAAUGGGAAUAUAAAAGAUCCAAAAACAUCAAAGACAAAAGGCGCGCCUAUGAGCUCAAAGAAAGAAAAGGCACGCUCAAGGCACGUAAAUAAAAAUGGUCCCGUGCACAAACCCGAAAGCAUCACAAAUGUUGCACUUGAACUCUUUCCAGCUGAAUCAAGUUGGUUACAAAGGUUUGUUAGAGGAGAAGUGACAAGGGAGAAAACAAAUGUGAUAAGAGAGGCUGCAAAUGUUACUCCCAAAUUCAGACAAAUGAACAAAAAUAAAGAGAUUAGUUCACGGCAUUGCAGCUUCCCAAAUUCAGACGAAUGA